AUGUUCAUUUUCCAUCUCAAAAGUUCCUCCUCAUCGCCUGCUGGAAAUGGCUUCAACGGUUUCUCCUCCCAAGAAUCUGCUUAUUUUUUAACUGACAAUGUCGUUUCAUGUGAAAAUUUGAACAUUGAAAAUACCAGGGUGAAUGUUGCUGAAAGCGUCAGCUUUUCACAAGAAUCCUUGCACACACAUGACAAUCUUUCAAACAAGUUAGCUAAUUUUGAUAUAGAUGUUCGAUCAACUGAUAAAUCAUGUGGAUCAAGCUCAAAUAGUUUGAACAAACAGAAUAUUGUCUCACCAUACUCAUCACCUUUGCACCGUUACCAACCCUUACUACCUUCAACUGCGACUGUAACAGAUAAAAGUCGAGGUUGUAGUAAUUGCAGCACCGUUUCAACUAAAUCAUCACCAGUACGUCACCAACAAAAUUGCAGCAGAAAAUCCAAUACUAGCAUUAAUGGCGUCAACGCUGGAAUUCAAACUCCCCUUACAUUUUGCGCGAAUAAUGAAGGAACACAAGUAUCGGCAAAAUGUGUGGACCCGGCUGCGUCACAUGAUAAUCAAGAUUUAUGCGUUCAUUCGCCUAUUGCGCAUGUAAGAAACUUCACCGCUACGAAUACAGCUAAUACCGUUAAACAGCGGACACCUAGACAGGUCAACGAUCAACCGAUAAACGCAGCCUCAGAAGAUGGUAAUGAAGUUGUACGAACAAGACAAUCAAGAUUCAGGAUGACUGAUCAACAGGUCCUUAAUGAAUUAAAGCGAAUUGUUAACAGCGGUGAUCCUUUCCAGAAGUAUCAACUUAUUGAUAAAAUUGGCGUUGGCGCUACCGGUAAUGUUUGGACGGCUAGAUGCAAAUUUACUGGAGAGGUGGUCGCGGUUAAACGGAUGGCAUUCAAAUCGCAGCCCAAAAAAGAGGGUGGUAAUCUGACUGAUGUUGUUGUAAAAACGGAACUUGACGAGGGGCAAAUUGCAGCUGUUUUAAAGGAAUGCCUUUUAGCUUUGGAUUUCCUACACAAGCAUAGCAUUAUCCACAGAGAUAUUAAAUCAGACAACGUUCUUUUGGGUAUGGAUGAUUUCGGCUUUUGUGCUCAAUUGCAACCUGGAUCCAAAAGGGCAACAAUAAUUGGUACACCAUAUUGGAUGGCACCGGAGAUUGUAAACAAAACAAAAUAUAACUACAAAGUGGAUAUAUGGUCAUUGGGAAUCAUGGCUCUAGAAAUGGUUGAUGGUGAACCUCCUUAUCUGUCUGAAACUCCAUUAAGGGCCAUUUACUUGAUUGCACAAAAUGGAAAGCCGGAAAUUAGGAGGAUGGCUGAACUUUCGGAAGAGUUCUUGGAUUUGAUAAAUCGGUGUCUUUGUGUUGAUCCAAAUGAGCGUGCAGACACAGAAGAACUAUUAAACCAUCCGUUUAUUGCGAGGUUUUAA